UAAAGCAGUCCCAGCAGUCAGUAGAUACAGAAACUUUGCCGGUUCUGGAGGGCUUGGGCUUAAUAUUAUUCUUGAUUUGGUUCCUUUCGUCUCGUCUCGGUUCGUUUUCGUUUUCAAUAUUUUAAAUCUUGUCUUCUCUAUUUUUUUUUGCGGAUGCCCUUGUGUAAUUUAAUUUAAUUUUCCGAUGUAUUUUUCGAAAUUCUUUGUGUCAUCAUAAUUUUUGUAAUAACAAACUUCAAUUCAAUGUUCUAGAUAAAGCACCAGAUAGUGAUAGACUUGUUGCAAAUUAUUUUUAAUUGUAUGAACCUUACUGAAACUCCCUUAAAAAAAUAUCUAUAAAUUUAAUAAUAUAGUAAGUAAAUGCUUUGUGCUUUAAAUUGUACCGUGUCCGAGUUUGGCAUUCAAAGUUAAGUGCUCUUUAUUGAUUUGUAUCUUUUUAUCUAUUCUGGUUAAUAGAUAGUUUCUCGAGUUUGUUAGUUCAAUUUAGUAGAUAUUCCAUUGUCUGUCGGUGGUGAGGUUUUUUUAAAUGUUGAAGUUGUCAAUGAGACCCUAAAUGAAUUAAGCUUCAGUGUGCUCCUCAUUUCAGCCGGUAGAGGUAACGCAUUGUGACUUGCCUUGUCCCCUAAUCGAGUCGAGUGUGUAAAAAGAGUUCCUUAUUUUCAAAACUCUUAGCAGUCAGUGGCUUGAAAAAUAAGAAGAAGAAGUUUUAAAAUAAAUUUAAAUCAGUAAAUUGGUGCAACAUUUGAGCUAUUGUGACUUUUGUUUUAUUUUUAUUGAGAAAAAUAAUCAUCACUGUGAAUAAUCCUGAAAAAAUAACUACCGUAAAGUAGCAGCAAAUUAACACAGGUUACAAUAACAACAUAAUUACAUUACACUAUCAACAACUAACCAACUAUCAUCAUCACCGUUAUUUAUUGUAAUUUGACAAGAGUGUGACGUAUGGCGGGAAACGAACGAUUUCAAAUGGCAAUUCAUACUGACACAUCAUUUAUUCCAGACCUGCCAGCAGGUCCAUUGUGCGCUUACAGAAAACGUUCCAAAUUUGACUGGAAGCGUUUGCGGUUAAUUUUUGAAUCUGAAAGUAAUUUAAGAAUAAAGCUGAAAGUGUGGAAAAUUCUUGAAAAUGAUCCACUUUUCGCCAAAUCUACACACACACUGCCUACCGAAGAACAAAAACGUCUUUGUGCAAUGCAAAUGAAUAAAAUGGCCCAUCUGAAUAUUGUACCAAAGGAAAUCGAAAAGCAAACUUUUUCCGAUCGAACUAAAUAUCUGAUGAGCGUUAACGAGGCCCUACACACUUAUUCGCCUAGUCUUUCGGUAAAGAUUGCUCUGGGUGUGGGCCUCUUCAACAAUGCCAUUCGAGCUAUGGGCACUGAAAAACACAUGAAGUAUUAUGAUGCUGCUUGGAAUCGUGAGAUUGUGACAUGUCUAGCGAUUACAGAAGUUGCUCACGGCAGCAAUACAAAGAGUAUUAGGACGACAGCUACAUACGAUCCAACGACACAGGAAUUUGUCAUAAAUACACCUGAUUUCGAAGCAGCCAAGUGUUGGGUGGGAAAUUUGGGAAAGACAGCAACCUAUGCUAUGACAUUUGCUAAUUUGUACACAAACGAUGGCACCAAUCACGGAUUGCAUGGAUUUUUAAUUCCUGUCCGAGAUCCAAGAACGCUGCAGGCAUAUCCGGGAGUUCUGGUGGGAGAUAUUGGUGAAAAGAUUGGCCUUAACGGAAUUGACAAUGGAUUUAUGAUGUUCACUAACUAUCGUAUUCCGAGGGAUAAUCUGUUGAAUCGCACUGGGGAUAUAACAGACGAGGGAAAUUAUGAGAGUGUGUUCAGUGAACCUGGUAAGGUGUUGGGAGCUGCAUUGGAGUCAUUUUCUGCGGGCAGAAUUGGAAUUAUGCAGGAAUCGGUUAACACUCUUUCAAAUGCCGCUGUGAUAGCUGUGAGAUAUGCAGCGCUGAGGAAACAAUUUGGAUAUGAAAAGGAUGGCCCAGAAAUUCCAAUUAUAGAAUAUCAAUUACAUCAAUGGAGAAUAUUUCCUUACUUGGCGGCAGCUUGUGUUCUUAAGGUUGCAACAGCUGAGCUUACAAACACAUACUUGGACGUUAUUCAGAGGUCUCAAGCUGAUUCGAAUGGAUUUGAUCUAUUGACCCAAAAAGUGUCAGAAAUCCAUGCAUUGAUUUCAUCAUCCAAAGCUCUGAUAACAUGGACUGCAAGAGAUGCUAUUCAAGAAGCUCGAGAAGCUUGUGGAGGUCACGGCUACCUUAAAGCUGCUAAACUGGGAGAUCUCCGGAACGAUCAUGACCCCAGUUGCACUUAUGAGGGAGACAACAAUGUUUUGGGUCAACAGGCAUCCAAUUGGCUUCUUCGUCAAUGGGAGGAUAAAGUUGAAAGCCCCGAAAAAACAGCAAAUUUCAUAACGCAACGUGAACGUAUUCUUUCGGAAAGUUUUGAAGACGUUUCAAGAAAAUACAGUUUUGAUUCUAUGGAGUUUGUUCUUUGUUCAUACGAAUGGCUUCUGUGUUUUUUAUUGGACAAAACAUCAACACAAAUGAAGAAUGAGGUUAAAUCUGGCAAACAUCGAUUCGAUGCCAGAAAUAAUUCCCAGGUCUAUGCGGCUCGAGAUCUAUGGAAAGCCUAUGCUGAGUACUUUGCUCUACGAAAAUUCUAUGAACGCUGCCAACGUCCCGAUGUAACACCACCCCUUAAGGAAGUUCUUCGUUUACUUUUUGCAGUCUAUUCACUUUCGUGCCUUGACAAACAUUUAACGAACUUUUAUCAAGGUGGAUUUGCCAAUAAGUCCACUUUGGCUGAUCUUAUACGCACACAGUUGCUGGUUAAAUGUGGCCAGUUAAAAGAUUCAGCUGUAUCAGUUGCUGAUGCAUUGGCACCGCCAGACUUUGCCUUAAAUUCUGUGAUUGGAAAAUCCGAUGGACUUUUGUAUGAAAAUUUACAAAGUGAAUUUAUGACUAACCCCGGAGCAUUUGAGAGGCCAUCAUGGUGGAAAGAUGUCAUAAUUCCGAAUGUCAAAUCGAAAUUAUAAAACAAGAAUAACUUUUUCUUCUCUUAAGUAUUCAAUUCAUAUAAAAAGAAAUAGUAAUUUGUUAAGAUUUUUGUUUCUUAAAGCAAAUGAACAUAAUUGUCCCAUCUAUUUUAUAUGUUGUAUUAUUAGUUUUAGUGUAACUACAUUUAUAUGUCAUUUCAAACAUAAAUGUAUGUUAAAAGAAAUCUAUCAAAUCAAUCAGAACAAUUACCAACGAUACGUAUUAGAUACAAUAUUAUGUAUGUCAUGUAUGAGUAUUCAUUGAAAUACAUUUAAAAUUUUGUUGUUAAUAAAAUGUUACCUAAAUCUAUUUAAUUAAAAA